UAUAGUGAUGUAGUGUUCGAAUCUCUUAUAAUAUUUGUCGAUUCUCUCUAUAUUUAUAAGUUGCUUGGUACACGCCGCUCCAUUCAGUUUAACACAUCGCAGCCGCGAAAGAGACUUCACAAGUAGCAGCUUUGGAUAGUGCGGAUGUUUACGUAAAUACGUACAAAAUAAAACAGUUUAGUUUCAUUAAAACUUAUAAUGGGUAGGGUUAGGUGUCCCGUAUUCAACUGUUUCCGGGCGACGUUUUACCCCAACAAGGACGUGGAGCUACAGUCAUUACCAAAACCCAAAGAAGCAGAGGAAGUAGUGGAUGGCUUGCCAUAUAUAGAUGCGGAAAAAGAACCCGAUAUUCUCAUAAUACGAGGCAUCGACCCUUGUUUACCACUAAACGGUACAAACCAUAACACAUUUAAAUAUGAACUGAUGAGUAAGGAACAAGAUCCUCAGCUUGUCGUGAGAAGAGGACAGCCGUUUACAUUAGAUAUUACACUGAGCAGGCCGUACAAUGAAGACAAAGAUGCAGUUUCGUUUAUUUUCACUGUUGAAGACGAGGAAAAGCCAAGCUAUGGUCAAGGCACCCUAGUCGCUGUUCCAUUAUUAAACAAAAUAGAUCGCAACCAGCCAUGGAACGUGAUUAUUGAGUCUACCAAUGAAAAUCAAAUGAAAGUUCAAGUUACAUCAUCACCCGAAUGCAUCGUAAGUAAAUGGCGAAUGGAAAUUGACACUAAACUCCUGGAGGAUGGAGCGUACAGUUACAGUUGGGAUACGGGAAUUUACAUUAUAUUCAAUCCGUGGAAUAAAAACGACCAGGUUUACAUGAAGUCCGACGCGUGGAAAGAAGAAGCUGUGAUGAACGACACUGGUUUAAUAUGGAGAGGGACAGCAAACAGAUUGAGACCCACCGUUUGGAAAUACGCCCAGUUUGAAAAAGAUGUUUUAGACUGUGCCUUGUAUGUUGUAAAAGAAGUUGGCAAGGUGUCAGUUUCUUCCAGAGCGGAUCCUGUAGAAACAGUGCGAGCUAUCGCGGCUGCAGUGAAUUCUGCUGAUGACAAUGGAAUUGUUAUGGGCGAUUGGUCGACCGAAUUUAAGGAUGGGACACAUCCGACAAAGUGGGUUGGUAGUAUGGAAAUUUUGCAAAAAUUUUACAAAAAAAAGAAACCUGUUAAAUAUGGACAGUACUGGGUAUUUUCUGGAGUUUUGACAACUGUUUGCAGAACACUUGGGAUUCCGUGUAGACCAGUAACAAAUUAUUCUUCUGCCCACGAUACACAAAGCUCAUUGACAGUUGAUUACUUUGUUAACGAUAAAGGAAAAAUUAUGGAAGAACUCAACUCUGAUUCGGUUUGGAAUUUCCAUGUAUGGGACGAAGUUUGGAUGGAUAGACCAGAUUUGGGUAGAGGUUACGGAGGUUGGCAAGCAGUUGAUGCCACACCACAGGUUUUGAGUGAUGGAAUGUUUAAAGUUGGACCGUCUUCAGUCACAGCUGUAAAACAUGGCGAAAUCAAGAGGCCCUAUGACACUGACUUUUUGUACGCUGAAGUUAAUGCCGAUAAGGUGUAUUGGAGAUAUUACGGACCUACAAAACCAUUAAAAUUAGUCGCGAAAGAUAUUUACGGAAUUGGAAAACUAAUGAGCACAAAAGCACCAGGAAUAAUGGACAGGGAAGAUAUCACGUCGAAUUACAAAUACCCCGAGAAGUCGGUAGAAGAACGCAGUUUUAUGCUGAAAGCGUUAAGGCAGUCACAAAACCAGUUCGCUAGAUACUACCUUAAUGAAGAUUUCAACGACGUUUACUUCAAUUUCGAAUUGAAAGAUGAUAUCGUCAUUGGAAAAGAUUUCGACGUGGUGUUAGCAAUCAAGAACAGAAAUCCAGCCAAAGCUUACAGAAUCAACGUUAAUAUUCGAGUAGAAACCGUGACGUACACCGGAAGAAGCGGAGAUCCUGUAAAGAAAGAAAAUUUUGACAUCACUGUUAAACCACAAUCGACUCACGAAAUAAAACUUAACGUUACGUUCGACGACUACAUGAAAAAAUUAGUAGACCAGGGAUCGUUUAGUGUAUCUUGCUUGGCUGCUGUUGAGGAACCUAAGUACGAAUAUUACGCGCAAGAUGAUUUUAGAGUCCGAAUGCCCGAUAUCAAAAUAGCAUUACAAGGAGUUGCCAGAGCCGGCCAAGAAGUUGCGGCUGAAAUUUACUUGGUAAAUCCUUUACCGUUGCCAUUAAGAAAAUGUCAAUUUUUAGUGGAAGCUCCAGGGCUGGAGAAGAAGUUGACUCUGAAAGUGAAGAAAAACAUACCACCGAAUGAACGUGCUAUUGCACAGUUCACAUUUAAGCCACAAAGAGCUGGACGAGAAACUAUUGCUGCCAAAUUCGUCUCCAGAGAACUGAUUGACGUGGAUGGAUUUUUGGAAUUUGAGGUUCAAGAAAGCAAAGAAGAAAACGGAAAUGCAGUAUAGUAUAUCGUAUUAUUAUUUUGAAAGUAUUAAUAUCUACUUAUAAUGAUACAAUCGUAAUCUGCUGUAUUACUUAUCCAAAGAGCUAUAAAAGUUACAACAUUGAUGAAAUAGAAGAAGCAAGUCGAGAUAUAUAGGCAAUAAAAUCAUGAAAAUUAUAUUAAUGUUUGAUAAUUUUUACUACUGUAUACUUCGUUUACUUUCUCUAGCGAUGUGCCCCUUCCAA